AGCUGUCAUUGCAAAGGUGCACGGUUUAUAUCCAAUCGAGGCUCACAGAAGAUGGCAUCUUCGCGGUAUGACGGGCUAAUGUUACUCCUGAAUCGGACAUUAAUUCCUUCCCUCCUCGUGGUACUACUAAGCGGUGUGAGGACUUAUGGAGAUGACGACACUUUCAAUGCAGAGUCAUGGCUCAGGAUGUAUGGCUACCUCCCCCAGGCCAGUAGACAGAUGUCAACCAUGCGUUCAGCUGAAAUCCUGUCCAGCGCCAUCAGGGACAUGCAGCGUUUCUAUGGGCUUGAAGUCACAGGAGAGAUGGACUCAACAACAAUAAAGGCCAUGAAAAGGCCUCGCUGCGGUGUCCCAGACAAAUUUGGCGGUCAAAUCAAGAACAACGUUCGGAGGAAACGCUAUGCACUUACAGGUCACAAGUGGAGUAAGAACCACUUGACUUUCAGCAUUCAGAACUACACUCCUAAGAUUGGGGAGUAUAACUCAAAUGAAGCAAUCCGUAAGGCCUUCAAGGUGUGGGAGAAAGUGACACCUCUUACCUUUGAGGAAAUCCCUUUCCUGGAGGUGAAGUAUGGUCGCCGGAAGGAGCCAGACAUCAUGAUCUUCUUUGCUUCAGGUUUCCAUGGUGACAGCUCUCCCUUUGAUGGUGAGGGAGGCUUCCUGGCUCACGCCUACUUCCCUGGACCAGGGAUGGGUGGAGAUACUCAUUUUGACUCUGAUGAGCCCUGGACUAUUGGAAACUACAAUGUGCAGGGCAAUGAUCUGUUUCUGGUUGCUGUGCAUGAGCUGGGCCAUGCUCUGGGGCUGGAGCACUCAAAUAACCCAUUGGCCAUCAUGGCUCCUUUCUACCAGUGGAUGGACACAGACAACUUCCAGCUGCCUGAUGAUGAUCUGAGAGGGAUCCAGCAGAUUUAUGGUCCUCCGGACAGCUCUCCCACUCAGGCUUUGCCAACUGUGACCCCUCGUCGUCCUGACCCCAGACCACCCAAUCCCCCGAAGAGCCCCCCUGGUUCCCCCCCUCGUCGGCCGGAUAGACCUCGCACCACGGACCGUCCAGACCACUAUGGCCCAAAUAUCUGUGACGGCAACUUUGACACAGUCACAAUGCUCAGAGGAGAGAUGUUUGUUUUCAAGGGUCGCUGGUUCUGGAGGGUGAGGAGAAACCGGGUCUUGGAUAAUUACCCCAUGCCUAUCAGCCACUUUUGGAGGGGGCUGCCCGGGGACAUUGAUGCAGCGUACGAGAGACACGACGGCCGAUUUGUAUUUUUUAAAGGGGAUAAGUACUGGCUAUUCAGAGAGGCUAACUUGGAGCCCGGGUACCCUCAGGAACUGAUGGACUACGGUCGAGAUAUCCCAUAUGACAAGAUUGAGACAGCCAUUUGGUGGGAGCCCUCUGGCUUCACUUACUUCUUCAAAGGAGACUGGUACUGGCGUUUUAAUGAACAGUCUCGCUCUGUUGAUCCGGACUACCCUAAACCAAUCAGUGUAUGGGGUACAUCAGUUCCGUCCUCUCCCAAGGGGGCCUUCCUCAGUGAUGAUGGAGCUUACACAUACUUCUACAAGGGUACCAAGUACUGGAAAUUUGACAACCACCGUAUGAAGAGCGAGCCAGGUUACCCUAAGUCCAUCUUGAGGGACUUCAUGGGUUGCAGUGUGGACUUGGACCCUGACAGAGACACCGAUGUUGACCCAGGACGCAAGUGGCCUGAUACAGACAGGCCUCCAUUCAAUCCAGACGCAGGACGGGAUGGAGACAAGGACAAAGAGAAGGACAAAGACAGAGAUGGCACUAAUGACGUAGAUGAUAAGGAAACAACAGAGGAAGAGACGAACGAGGUGGACGUGGUUCUGAAGAUCGAUGAGACAGAACGCACUAUGAAUAUCAUCAUGGUGACUGUGCCCCUGGUCCUGGUGCUGUGCAUCCUGGGACUGAUCUACGCCAUCAUCAACACACUGCAGAGGAAAGGAGCACCAAAGUACCUUGUACACUGCAAACGCUCCCUGCAGGACUGGGUUUGACGUCUUGAAUUGACCCCUAGGCUCUUUUCCCCUCUA